CAAGCAAAAGUCAACAGGCGGAAAGGCAGCAGACGCGGUUGCGGAAAAACGGUAGAAAAUACCAAAGAAACAUCUGCACAGCUGAACGCCAGCCAGUCAGCCAACAACAACAACGCACUCCUCCCUUCUCACAGCACCCUGCACCCACCCACACCACCUUCGCUGCUGGUCUAGCCGAGAAGCCAUAUUCAUUCAUUCCUUCAUUCAUUUGUUCGUUCACUCGUUGCCUGACGUGACAGCGCCGCAACCAGGCAGAAGGAAGGGCGAGAAGGAAAAGGCGCGUACGCUCGUGAACGGGGAAGUGAUGGCGGAAACAUGGGAGGUGGCGGUGUUCUUCACCGCGGCGGUGGUGUAUGUGAUCGGCGCCAGCUACCUGUAUUGGCGAACAUCAGAUGAGUACAAGCUGCGCAAGAAGCGAAAGGAGCUCGGCUACGAUGUGCCGAGCAUCAUGUCGUCCCUGAAGCUGUGCUGUGUCCUGUGCCUUGGCCCCAUCAACCGACAACGAUGGGAAUCGAAGCACAAGUACUAUCGCACAGAUGAUUACGGGCCACCAGAUGCAAAAUGGAUGGAACUGCGACCACCCACGGACAAGAACCAGCACUGGCAGCUGCUGCCUCGCGGCGACAAGGACAGACACCGAUCGCUGGCCAGCAAGGCGACGGCAGAAGUGCUGCUGCAGGUGCUGGAGGCCGAAUACAACGCAGCGCUGGACAAGGCCAUCCAGCAGUGGCAGUCCCACAUGAACCCGGAGAACUGGAACCAGGUCAAGCGGCGGGUCACGGUGCAGUUCUCUGAGCUGGACCAAGAUGAGAUUGCGCGCCAGCUCAAGAAAGAGGAGGAACAAGAGUCCAAGUGGCGCGAAGAGGAGGAGCAGAGUGUUGCCGCUGUCGGCAGCACUGCCGCCGCCGCCGCCGCUGCGGGCGGGCAAAGGGAGAUCACCCCAUACGAGCGCACGCUGAAGCGGCGCAAGGACAAGCAGGCCGCGCGUCCCGCCAUCAACCUCAACGUGCCUGUCAUUGACCAGCAGCCCCGGAUUCGCGCCAACACGGGCGCCUCCACCUCUGGCGCCACAACCUCGUCGUCGUCAGCAGCAACAACAAGACCGCUCAGCACCGCCGAGCUCAGGACAUUUGUCACCUCGAUGCGCGACGAUUCACUGCAGGAUGAGUAUCUGUCCCUUCCGCUGCUACUGGAAAAACCGUCCGCUUAUGGUCCGGAAAAACGCUUCCUCAACCGUGACAGCCGCGUUGUGCCGACCGUCAAGACGCGCGUGCGCAUCGACCCGCCCAAGGGCAUUGAGCACCGCACAGAUUACAUCAACGCCAACUUGAUCCGCGGGUUCUCCGGCAAGAAGGGACGCUUCAUUGCAACACAGGGCCCGUUGAGCGGGCAUGAAAACCAGAAGGCGUCCACGCGGGAGCACUUCUGGACAAUGAUCUGGAAUUACCAGGUCCCCGUGAUCGUCAUGAUGAUCCCGCCAUCCGCGCAUCGAUGCCCGCCAUAUUGGCCCACAACGUCGCGGUCGCAGGUGUACACUUUUGGACCGUUCACCGUCCGCCACCUCAACCGCGAGACGGUUGGCGGUAUUGUUCGAACUGUUCUCAGCCUUCGCUGCCGCGGUGCACACCAGGAGCACGUUGUCACCCACCUCCUUUUCCAACACUGGCCGGCGACUGGCGUUCCACAGGGCACGUCGGGCAUCAUCACGCUGCUGCGCAAGAUGCGUGAGGCCGCAGAGGGCCCGGGCCCGAUUGUUGUGCACGACGACCUUGGUCUCGGCCCAACGGGCGUCCUUCUUGGCGCAUAUCACCUCCUCCGCAUGGUUGAGCGGACGGGUAAAGUUGACGUCCCGCGUGUUGUGUCUGCGCUGCGCCACGACCGUGGCGGGCUUGUGCAGACGCUGGCUGAGUACCAGUUCCUGUACAAGCUGGCGGCCGUGUACAGUGUCUCUGCUGCACCCAAGGCCGCGCCGCCACCGGCGUAUCGGCACGCGCCAAAGUAGACAACGCCCCGCACACCAUCGCGUGCCAGCUGUGCAUCGAGCUGCAUUGUGGUGUGUGAGAGUGUGUGUGUGUGAAUGCGCGUUCAGGACGUGUGGGAUUGCAUUGCUGUAUUGCUUUUGUAUGAGAGGUGCCGCUGUCUCCUUCAUUGCUUCCUUCUUCUUCUGACUUGAGUGACUGACAAAGAGAAUGCAACAACAAGCGCUG